AGAUUUUUUUAAACUCUCAAAUAUUAUCGUAUUGGCCUCAUAAAUCGGUCAGAUUAUAGUAAUUUACUCUGUAAAUUUGCGCUGCUCUGCGCCAUGCGAACUGCUAAAAGUAUAAAUGAUGUUCCUCUCGCAAACUUUACUGACUCGUUGAUUCCUUUCCCGCACUUACGUACUUUACUUACGCACUUCAUUCCUUUUUGGGGCAUAAGGCAUAGAUAAUGUUCCUGCACCUAUCCUGGUCUUUAGCAGCUAGUUUUGCCUCGCCCCAUGAGAGACCCAUCUCAGCCUCAGGCUCCACCGUUCUUUGCCGAGUGAUCUUCGCAGUCUCGUUUUGUUUUUCCUGCUGGUGUCCAUUUGAGAGCCACUUUGGGGAUCCGCUCUGAGGGCAUUCAUAGUAUGUGUCCAAGCCGUCUUAGACGACGGUGUUAAAUUUCUUAGAUCAUGCUUUGACAGCGUGUCUUUAUGUAGAGUUACUUAUUUAAUGUCUUAGUGGGCCAGUACAUAAGGCAGAUCUUUUGCAGACAGUCACUGUGGAAUGAGGUGACUUUGUUCAUGUUGCAUUUGGUUAUUCCGCAAGCUGCCAGCUUUCCCAAGUCUGCGCUGGAUAUCUUUUUGGGCGCCAUUGUCCUGACUAAUCAGACUUCCCAGGUACCUACACCUAACUUGUGUUUUUUUCUUUUUUAACCAGGAAAUAAGAUCAGCACAAAAACACACACCUAGCCUUACCCAAAUGAAGACUCACCAAUUUUGGUCCCCUGAGGGUCACUCUCUGCAGGCUUUUAUUCCUUCUUGGCAGUUAAUGAGCUGCUCUUCCUCUGUUUCACCCCUGGAGGAACACAAUUGAUGACCCCUGCUGCACAGGAGGAGCAGUAGGUGGAGUGCAGCAAAAGGGCCUUGAGUUUGUGGAUAAUGGAAAGCCUUUGCUAUCAGCAUUUAUGGAUAGAUGUGAGCCCUCAUUACAGCGACUUUGUGGAUGAGCUGACCGAGUAUCGGACCAAGAACGUCCUCGCCAUCCCCAUCAUGAACGGUAAAGACAUGGUGGCCGUCAUGAUGGCCAUCAACAAGUUGGAUGGUCCGCGCUUCACCUCAAAGGAUGAAGAGAUCCUAAACAAGUAUCUCAACUUUGCCAACCUGAUCCUGAGAGUUUUCCACCUGAGCUACCUGCACAAUUGUGAAACCAGGAGGGGACAGGUGCUGCUGUGGUCGGCCAGCAAGGUGUUUGAAGAGCUGACAGACAUAGAGAGGCAGUUCCACAAGGCCUUGUACACAGUCAGAGCUUUCCUCAACUGUGACCGUUACUCUGUGGGUCUGCUGGACAUGACUAAGACCAAGGAGUUCUUUGACCUGUGGCCAGUUCUGAUGGGAGAAGUUCCACCAUAUGAUGGACCCAAAACUCCUGAUGGCAGGGAAAUUAUCUUCUACAAACUGAUUGACUACAUCCUACAUGGCAAAGAGGACAUCAAAGUCAUACCGAGUCCUCCGGCAGAUCACUGGGUCUUGGUUAGCGGUUUACCAACCUACGUAGCAGAGACUGGACUGAUUUGCAACAUAAUGAAUGCAGCUGAGGAUGAUUUUUUCAACUUCCAGAAAGAGCCUCUGGAUGAAUCCGGCUGGACCAUUAAGAACGUCCUGUCUCUGCCAAUUGUCAACAAGAAAGAAGAGAUAGUGGGUGUGGCCACGUUCUAUAACAGGAAGGAUGGGAAACCCUUUGAUGAAAUGGACGAAACACUGAUGGAGUCUCUUACCCAGUUCCUGGGCUGGUCGAUGCUCAACCCUGACACCUACGACAAAUUGAACAAGCUGGAGAACAGGAAGGACAUCUUCCAGGACAUGGUGAUGUACCACGUGAAAUGUCGCAAGGAUGAAAUCCAGCACGUUCUGAACACCAGGGAGAGAUGGGGGAAGGAACCGGAUGAGUGCGAGGAGGAGGAGCUCCAAGAGAUUCUGUCAGAGGUCUUGCCAAAUUCUAAGAAAUCUGAGAUCUUCGAGUUUCACUUCUGUGACUUUGAACACAGUGAACUGGACCUAGUUAAAUGCGGCAUCAAGAUGUACUACGAACUGAAAGUGGUGGACAAGUUUCACAUUCCCAGAGAGGUCCUGGUGAGGUUCAUGUACUCACUCAGUAAAGGCUACAGGAGGAUCACCUACCACAACUGGAGACACGGUUUCAACGUCGGACAGACCAUGUUCACCCUGCUGAUGACAGGUGAUCUGAAGCGUUACUACACAGACCUGGAGUGUAUGGCCAUGGUGACCGCUGGCUUCUGCCACGAUAUUGACCACAGAGGAACCAACAACCUCUACCAGAUGAAGUCUGGUAAUCCUCUGGCAAAGCUUCAUGGCUCCUCCAUCUUGGAAAGACACCAUCUGGAGUUUGGCAAGACUCUGCUGAGAGAUGAAGGUUUGAACAUUUAUCAGAAUCUGAACCGCCGUCAGCACGACACUGUCAUCCACCUCAUGGACAUUGCUAUUAUCGCCACUGACCUGGCUCUCUACUUCAAGAAGAGGACGAUGUUCCAGAAGAUCGUGGACCAGUCCAAGACCUACGAGAACUGGAACGACUGGACCAAGUACAUGAUGCUGGAGACCACACGCAAAGAGAUUGUCAUGGCCAUGAUGAUGACUGCUUGUGACCUGUCUGCCAUUGCCAAACCGUGGGAGGUUCAGAGCAAGGUGGCGCUGUCUGUAGCUGCAGAGUUCUGGGAGCAGGGAGACCUGGAGAGGACAGUCCUGGAGCAACAACCCAUUCCUAUGAUGGACAGAAACAAAGCAGAUGAUCUGCCGAAGCUGCAGUGUGGUUUCAUCGACUUUGUUUGCUCUUUUGUGUACAAGGAGUUCAGUCGUUUCCAUGUGGAGAUCACGCCCAUGCUGGACCGCCUGCUGAACAACAGGAAGGAGUGGAACGCCCUGAAGGAGAUACACGAGGCCAAACUGGCUGCUCUCGAGGAGGCCAAGAAAGCCAAGGAGGAGGAAGCUCAGAAAGCUGCAGCGACCAAACAAGCAAAUGCAGCCCAGUCACAAUCAAAGACUUGUAUUCUCAGCUAGAGAUACAACAACAGUACCAGGUUGCUUGCUACAUUGUUGUGGUCCAGCAAUGGGCUUCCGCAAAAGAUCUUUCUUUUCUUUAUUUUUUCAUUGUCAUUUAUCAGAUCUUGACUCAAAGAUUCAGUUUACUGAGAGCGCAUCUCUCACUCCAAAAUACCCGUUACAAAUGUCUCCUACGGCUGUAUUUAUUGAUAUUUGUCUCCUCAUUUUUCUCUCUUCUGUCUAUCCUAUUGUCUAUCUAUAUUGUAUUACUCAUUCGAUGCACAUGGCUUGAUGGUUUAUUCAGGUGUUUGUGGGAAGCUCCAACAUCUAACAUUUGAGAGUCAGCUACCAAAAGGCAUUACAUGCAGCAAGCUACCCAUGUUAUCUAAAAUUCAAAACUGGAAGACCAACAAUAAGGAAACAUGGACCUUGUCAAAAUUUGGAAGCUUCUUGCAUGGAAAAUGUUCCUACUCAGAUGGCAACUUAAGUGUUGAAUGUCAGCUACCUACAGGCCUUUUCAAUACACCAACAAGAAAGAGUUUCCGCAACAGUCGCUAUUUAUACCGCACUACCAUGCAAGUCUCUUUAAAUUAAUUAUAAUGCUGUAUUGGCAUUAACUGAAACCGGCAGCAGCCUAGAAAGGUAUGCUAUAGACAAUGUUUAGCAGAACUGUUACAAUACACAGUCUGUUGAGUAGCUAAUGGAUCAAAGCAUGCAAACCAUCAGUUUUUCCUUUUUAAGAGUAGAUUUAAAGUAUCUGUGGUGAUGGCUGGUGGGUUAUCUGCAGAUGGAAUCUACACCAAACUUGAAUCCAUGUUUGAUCACCAAAUUUUUAAACUUGCAAACACCAGGGUCUCCUGAUUAAACUUAAUACUUAUGGGUCAGCUGGAAUUUUCAAUGUACAUGCUCUAAGAUAGUAUUUAUUGUGCUAAAAAACUUUUGAUUUUGAAACAAAAUAGUAUAUUGUUGAACUUGGUGGGUGUGGUGGGUCACAACAGGACAAGAAUAGCAAAAUGUUGGAAAAAAAUCUGCAGCCUGAGGAGGUGAGAAAAACUUCAAUCCUUGGUUAAAAAAAAAAAGUUCAAGACAUUUGUCUUGAUCAGGCAAAUAUAUGCAUAUUGUUGUAUACAAUAUCAAUAAAAUAAAAAUAAUAGCAAAAAAGAUGUAAGCAAACUGUAGCUCCACGGUGGCUCUGAUGGUUAGGUACUUUGGUAUUUUGCUUUAUAUCCUGUGGAUUUUGUACAUGUGGGUCCUUUAUGAUGCAGUUUUAUAAACACAGAGAGGGAAACGGCUGCAACCCCGACUAAUAACAUUCCACAGCAGGCAUGUCAGUAGUGUCUGUGAAUCAAAUGUCAACAAUUAUGUAUUUUUGGCUCGGGUCUUGUGACAUUAGCCGUGUUGACACAUUAGUCUCAGCUUGUUUGUCUACAUGCUGUCAAAUGGUCAGAAUUUAUAACUUUGUAAUGCAAAACAAAAAAUCUGAGAACACUGCUUGUAAAAUAGCUGUAUGCUGUGAAUACCAUAUGUAUCGUGUUGCUCUGUCAUUGGUUGGUUACUGACAGUUUAUACUGUGUAUUUAAGCCUUUUACAAGAUAAUGUUUUAAUUUAGGCUUUUUAGCAUUACAUACAGUACCAUCUUCCCCAUGUGACGCUUCGUGUGAAAGCUUGUAAAUACUUGUGCUGAAAACUAAAGCGAAUCAAUAUAGGCAAAGCUGUGUUUCUGGUGACUAAUUUCUCACCCUCAAAUGUAUUAAUUUUUACUGUAGUUCACUUUGCUGAGAUUAGUAAAGCUGUAUCGCUAUUUUCCUACUGAA